UUAAAUUUUCAGAGGGAUAUGUUGUUCAUUUCUUCACAUGACCCUUCAAGAUUCUCAUUUUGGAUUAUUAUUUGCAAUGUUUGAAAUCUUUUGGUGUCAUUGUGAAUACAAUAUUGGAUUUAUUUUAUUUGAAUUCACUUCUUAGAUUUUUUAUAGCAAUUUUGCUUCUUAAAAUGUGAUGUGUUUUUUUCAAGAUUGUAUUGUCACGAAGGACAUCAAGGAGGAAAUAAUUCAUUCAAACUGUUUUGUGGGGCUUACAUAUGAUGUUGUACAUGUAAAAUUCGAAAUAAUUUUGGAGUAUACCAUGCAGUGUUUUUCUUUAAAAUCUAUUAUAAUAUUAGCAGGAGUUUUGUGCAUAAAAUGCUGUGUUCACUCAAGGAAAUUCAAAUUUUCAUACAAUGGGAUUUAGUUAUGUUAAAGAUUAAAAAAUUUCAAAACUGGGAAUUCAAGUAGGAGAUAUAGUGUGAGUUCAUCCAAUAUGUUUAUGUGGCUUUAAAUGUGAUUUUAAAAACAUUCAUUAUUAAUUUUGGGAUCUAUUACAAACUAAAGAUGAACUAACAUUAAAUGGGAUCUUGGAAAUGAAAAAAAAUGUUGAAUUAAUGCAGUGGAUAUAGUCUAAUCUAGUGAUAAAGUGAAAAUGAAAGUAAAAUAUUCUAAAAUAUUCCUAAUGUGAGGAUAUGUUUUAAGUGAAUGUGAAAUUGGAAAUAGUCAUUAUAAAAUUCUGAAUCAAAUUUUGUUUGAUUUGGAAAUUUAUCAUAGGAAAUGAAAUAAAAUGUUUUCUGUGGAUAUAGUAAAAUCAAGUGUUAUAUAGUAAAAAUAUAACUAAGAUAUUACAAAAUAUUUGUAAAAAGACAAAUUCUGUGUACAAGAAGAUGUCUACUAAAAGGCCAAGAAGAAAGAAAAAUGUCAAUGAUUCCAUAAAUCCACCAAAGCCUGAUGAGGAAGACGUUUUAAGAGACACUUUAUAUACACAGGGUCUUGACAUGGAGUCAGUUUUAGGUUCCACAGGAAAUUUUGAGUUACCAGAAUCUUUACAAAAUUUACAAAUGAAACAGACACAGACUGCUGGACAAGGUGCUUAUGAAGCUGGGUCUAAUCAUGCUGGUCGCAGCAAGGAGGAACUUGCAGAAUUAAUGAAGAAACUAGGAGUUGGAGAAGGAGUAAGAAAUCCUAUAGGUAGUAGAGAAGAUGAUUCAUUUGCAGGGGAAACAGGACAAGGAGGAGGUUUGAGGGCAAGUGGAAGUGGACAAGGAGGAAUAGAUGGAAUGCAAGGAGGAUUUUCAGGAUUUGAAAAUAUGGGAAUACAGUCUUCAAGUGGAGGACAACAAGAACAACGUGAAAUGUCACAAGAAGAAAAAAUGAUGUUUAAGGGCUUAGAAAAUUUAGGAGAAAAGGAUAAAGAAGCAGCCCUUUUAGCAAUGGGUGGACCAGAAUUACUCCAGCAAUAUCACCAAUCUAUUGGACCUACUAUGCAGCAAAUGAGAAUGGUACCGGGGAGUGGAAUGAUGAUGGGAUCUGGAAGAGGAGGGAUGAUGGGAUCAGGAGUCAGUGGGUUAAAUGAAUCGGGAAAUAUUUCAGUUGGAGGAAUGCUACAAAAUGAACAGAGGAAAGUUCCAGGAGGAGGUGGAAUGCUUGGAGGAAGAGGCAUGUCAUCUAAUCAACAAAACAGAAGAAGACAAGGGCAUGGAAAUGAUACUCCUCAUGGUAGAAUGGGUGGUAGAGGGAUACCAGGAAUGAAUGGUGGAGGGAUACCAGGAAUGAAUGUUGGAGGGGUACCUGGAAUGAAUGGUGGAGGGAUACCUGGAAUGAAUGGUGGAGGGAUACCUGGAAUGGGACUUGGAGGAAUUCCUGGUAUGGGUGGGGGAAAUGGUGAAAUGAAUCAAGAAAAUGUGAUGCAGAUGCUUCAACAGUUUCAGAUGCUUGAGUCAAUGUCGGCUAAGGACAAAGAAGAAGCUCUCAUGGCAAUGGGAGGGCAAGAAUAUGUUCAGAUGUACAGUGAAAAAAUAGCACCCUUAAUGCAACAAAUGGGGAUGGGACAAGGUGGUUCGCUAAAUUCCUUGGCAGGUGGAGGUAGUUCGGGUCAGGGUGCAGGAGGUAUUGGUCAAGGAGGAGGAGGAAUGUUUGGUCCAGGGAAUUCAGGAUUAAGUGGAAUGCUUGGUGGUGGGGGAAUUGGUGGUGGAUCAAAUACAGGAGACCUUUUUGGGCAGGGAGGUCAGGGAAAUUUAGGAGGACUUUUUGGUUCAGGAGGAAGAGGAAGAGCGCAACUUGGUAGUAUGGGGCCCCGCCAUAGACAAAUUGAUGCCAAAACCUUAGAAGGAUUACAAAAUUUAAGUGAAGAGGACAAAAAAGCAGCAUUACAAGCUAUGGGAACUGAUCCUGACAUACUUCAACAAAGCAAUUUAGGUCCAAGCACUCAUGGAGAGACUUUUGAAGCCCCACAACCAAGGUAUAAGAACUAUGAACCUCCACCUGAGCCUUAUGAGCCAACUGGUCCAGGAAUGUAUCAGUUCCAUCGUAGGCAACCUCUCCAACUACCUAUACAUAGCGGAGGCGCUGAAAGUCGUGGUAAAAUGGAUUGCAUGAUGCCAAUGAGUCGACGAAAGAGAAGAUUUGGUGAAAGGGUAAUAGUUAGAACUCAUGGUUCCAGCAUUGAUUUAGAAGGUUACUACAAACAUCUGAUUGAUAAAUGGUCUAAAGAUGCUGUAGAAUGCAGUGACCCACUAUGCACAGGACCCAGUACAAUUCUUCUUCUAGAUGUGUCAGAAAGCAUGAGAGGAGAACCUAUCAGACAGGCUGUAGAAGCAGCUUUGGGGUUCAUUGAUGGUCUUGAGAAGAAUAAGACAGAUUAUGGUUUAGAAGAGAACUUAGGAUUAAUUGUAUUUCAUGGUGACACCUUCGAUGUUACACACCUUACGAGUGAAUACAGUAAAAUCAGGAAUGUUAUAAGUAAUUUGGAAGAUGUGGGAGGAUCUUCACCAUUGAUAAUGACACUUGCAGUUAUUCAGGGAAUGGCAGCAAGAGCUAAAGUUGUAAAGAUUAAAGGACAUGAAAUUUUAACAAGAGCUAUCAUUUUUUCUGACUGUAUAGUAACACCACCAGGAUUUGAUGCAACACAAGAAGAAUAUGUCCGAGAGAGAGUCCAAAAAAGUGUUGAUGCAAACUUCUUUGAAAGUUCCCAAGAUCUGACACAUGAUUAUCAUGUAAGAUUGUUUGCAGUACCAACUGGAGAGAAUACAAGAGAGUGGUUUUGCAACAGAAUUGCCCAUGAUGGAUUUGGAGAGAAUGUUUCACCAGAGGAUACCAGAUGGCUUUGCAGAAAUUAUAUUUGUGAGAGAAUUUUGGCAGAAUGUAAAGUUAAAGUGACACCACUGAACCCAGAUGAUUCAGAAGAUGAACCCGACGAAGAUCAUAUCAAAGAAGUGGCAGAGUCCAUGUACAGUGAUGUGAAUGAAGAUGACAUUGAAUUUGUUGUCAAGAGGUUCAAGGAGAAACUGCAAAGGCCUGCUUUGACUAAGAGGCAGAGAAGGGAAAAGAGAUUACAAGACCAGAUAGAUAGAGCUGAAGCAAUAGAAAGGGGGGAGAACCCACCCCCACUUCCUGAAGAUCCAAAGAAAAAAAAUAAAGCAAAUAAGACUGGAAGAAAAAGUCUAGAAGAAUUACUAGGUAUAGAUAGUGAUGAUGACGAUGAUGAGGAAGAAGAUGAUGAAGAAACUGAUUUGCUAUUUCGUCUGCCAGGGUUAUUAGGCGAUGAAGAGGAUGCUGAGAAUGAUCCAUUAACGAAACAAAAAAUAGAAGAACUUUUAGAAUAUUAUGGGGGUGGUCCACCUAAAAUAGACAAUCUACCAAAUAUGCCAGAAACUGGCACAAAAGUGAUAAAAGGACCUGAUUGGAUGUGGCAAAAAAAUGAUAUACCAGAUAAGAUAGAAGGAACAGUUAUCAGCUAUGAUCAAGAAGAUCUGGGUUGGAUAAAAGUGAGAUGGGAUUCAGUGCCAGGAUCAAAUGAACCAGGGAAAGAAGAAGAUUAUAGAUAUGGUGUAGAUUAUGAAUUUGAUGUAAUGCCUGCUAAAGGUGGAAUGGAAGCUGUAGACUGGCCAGAAGGCAAAAAGAGAAAAAUAGUGGAACCAAUAUGGCUACAGGAGCUGAAUAGAGAAAAGGAAGAAUUAGCUGAGCUCAGAGCAAGAAUUGAAGCAGAAAAAGAGAAAGAACAAAAACUUAAAGAUGAGAAGGAAAAGAAAAAAGAAAAAAAAGAGCAAAAGGAUAAAGAUAGAAAAUCACAGCAUUCUACAGAGACAUCCACCACUCAAACUUCUGAUGAUAAUAAUUGGUCAGAUCUUUCUUCAAUGGCAUCAGAAGUAACAAAAGAGGAACAAAUCUGUUUUGUAUGGCAGUAUCAAGAAAAUGAUGGAACAUGGAGAACAUAUGAUACAGAUACGCAGGCUAAGCUUGAACAGACCUUCAUCAAAAGGAAUGGUAAAGGCACAGUGGUUAUUGAUUUUGAAGAUCAUAAUGAAAGAGUAGUAUUUGAGAAAAUGGAACAGAGACGAAUAGACAAACAUCAUAGGAGACAAGUGAGGAGAAUAGAGGCUGAUGCAGAAAGACUGAAAGAGCUUCAGGAUAUGUUCUCAAGUUAAAACUAAACUGUUUUAAAUGAAACAGUGUGAUAAAGGAUAAAUGUAAUGUCAUUCUGUUUAUUUGUGCUUCAUUUUAUUCAAUUUUUAAAUUUACUCUUUUAUUGUGUAUGUUAUUUUAUAAAGAAGAUAAACUAAUAUGACAUUAAUGAUUUGUUUGUUGAAGUAGGAUGUCAUCAUUAAGUAAAAUGGUUAAACAGAAAAUAGUUUAUUGUGUUCUUUGUGCUUUGAAUACUAUUGAAGAGGAAAUACAUUUUGUAUUACAAUGUGAAUGGUAUAAAGAUUUACAGAGACAGUUUAGUAAAUGUUAUUAUAUAGGCGCCCAAUGUCGUUCAAAUUAUUUUAACUUCUCAGCACUGACUAUGUCAAAGAUUUGUGUUAUUUGUGUAAUUUCCAAUUUUAUGUAUUUAAUCAUAGGAAGGAUAUAUUGAUAUUUAUUUGCUUCUCUUAUGUAAUAUGUCAUGUUAUGGCAUAAAAAUGUGUUUGUACUAUUUAUUGUACUGAUAAGCAUAAUGCACUUAAAGUAAUAAAAAAUUGAAUUUAUCAAUUUUAUAGGUUAGUGUCUAGAUCUGGAUGCUAUUUACUUGCAACAUUUUAAUAUUCAUAUGUCGUGUCUUGACUCAACAUUUUAACUCAAUCUCAUGACAUUGUUUAUCGAAAUAUAACUUUGACUUGAACUUUGACUAAGUUCUAGCUCAAACUCGAAAUUUUCACUAAUGACUUUGAUAAAUUGAAGCAGUAGUGGCAUAUGAUAGAAUUUUGCAUAAUAACUUUUCUCAAUGUACUGGGAAGUAUAUUGUUUUUUAAAAAAAUAUGAUAUUUUGAGGUUAAUUUUAUAUAUCUAUCUAUUUUUAUAACAUUUUUAAUUGUUAGAAUCAAAACUUAUAUAGCUUGCUUAUUAAGUUUUCUGAUGUAAAGGAAGUUGGCAAUCAAAAAUAAUAAAGCUUUACAUUUUCCUCA